UUCGUUCUUCAAUUACAACAAUGCUGUUUCCAGGAAGGGAUUUCAGUUGGCUAAGACAUGUCAUAAUUGCUAUUGGACUCAUUGCCUUUAAUGACCUUCUUGUCAUAUUUGUACCGACGAUAAGGGACAUAUUUGGAUUUAUAGGAGCCUCAGCUGCUACUAUGCUGAUCUUCAUUCUCCCUGCAGCUUUCUAUUUACGACUUGUUAAGAAGGAACCUCUAAGAUCCCCUCAAAAAAUUGGGGCCCUUGUUUUCCUGAUCAUCGGCAUAUUCUUCAUGAUGGGCAGCUUAACCCUUAUCGUGCUGGACUGGGUUCACAGCUCUUCUAGUCAUGGUGGCCAUUAACAUAUGGAGUUCUACACAACAGUAUGUCUUCAACUGGAAGCAUUCAGUGGCAUCCUCCAUUACUACUGCCCACCUGCAGACUUCAGAAAUGCCUUAGCACACAUCUUUCUUGGUCUUAAAACUGCAUGUUUCCAACGACUGUAAAAUAAGCAAGAUGGAAUGCUACAGUAUUAUUUCUUACCAAAGGAUGUUUUAACUUCUGUUUUUGACAACAGACAUUUCAUUAAUUUGAAAUUAGGAUGUGUGUGCUGGGGAAAAUACUGCAGUGCUUCAGAUGCACUGAUAUUGUAACUGCUGUAUAGUCAUAGAAAAAAAUUAACAAAAAUUACAGUCUUUGUCUUUGGACAUGGAAGGAGGAUCCCUAUUGGUCAGCGCAUGUGCAGAAACCUUUCCAGCUAAGGUCCGUGGGCACAUCCUUCAAUAUGCACUGUGUGCAGUAUUUAUAUUUCUUUAGCUCAGCAACAAACUGAAGUAUAUCUUUAUAUAUGUAUAACAUGACAGAUGGUUCAUUCAUUGCUGGACAACAUUUAUAUACAGAAAAAUGAGCUAAUAGCCUUGACUGGAACAGUAGACUGGGGUUUACUUUUUUUCCAGAAUUGGCAUGUUAAGCACUAUGUUUUUGACCCUAUUUGGGGUGACUUUCUUUUUUCUUAGUUACAGGAAAUUACUUUGUUGUAAAUUAAUUUUUCUAUCUUAAGAGACAGACCUCAUGAUCUUUAGUUAUGUCACCGAACAAAGAGUUCCAUGUAGUUCUGAGAUUGCUUUCACUUAUUGAUCAGAAAAGGGAAUUAACCAGCAAGCUACUGGCAAUAAUAUGCAAAACAUGUUUUUAGACUGCUGUAUCAGUCCAUGAUAUAACAUUUAUUAGAAAAAGAGAACACAUAAUUGAUACAGAGUCGUCUGUGCUUAAUACUGGUUGUACCUCAAUUUAAUUUGUUCAGAGGAAGCAAAGUUCUGUUGUAGAAGUUUUGUGAGUCUUUCUUUUUUUGUUAGUUGCAAAGUCUGGGAAUAUCUACUGCCUGUUCAAAUACCUGACUGCUUGAAUCGGUCAUUAUAGCUUCCCUGCUGCUAGAACUGUCAGAACAGAAAAGGUUAUCUAAAACUUACCUUCUUAAAGAUAUAAGAUAACCUGGAAUACAGCUCACAGGAACAGUUUAAUGCUGACUUGGGGUGUCGAGAAACACCUCAUUAAAAUCAGGAUAUCGUCAGACUUGUUUGUGUUUAUCUGUUGUGUAAAUUACAUCAGUGCUACUCAUAUUUUAUAUUUGUUGUUUUAUAUCUAACAUUAUAACACUUCUUUGAAAGCAUGUUCAAAGUAUGAUGUGUGAGUGAGUAUAGAGCUUUGGGUUACGUUCUUGUUUCAAGUGCUUUUUUUAUUAAAUGUGCUUUAAAAAGUC